AAGCGACAACGACCACGACAACCACCAGCAACGAUCCCACGACGACAAGAUGGGUGCUCUUAAAUACGUGGAGGAGCUUCAAAAGAAGAAGCAAUCCGAUGUGAUCCGCUUCCUCUUGCGUGUCCGAUGCUGGGAGCUUCGUCAACUUAACGUUAUCCAUCGUGCCUCCCGCCCCUCGCGCCCCGAUAAGGCCCGUCGUCUCGGUUACAAGGCCAAGCAGGGCUACGUUAUCUACCGUGUCCGUGUCCGACGUGGAGGUCGAAAGCGGCAAGCCCCCAAAGGUGCCACCUACGGCAAACCCACCAACCAUGGUGUUAACCAACUCAAAUACCAACGUUCGCUGAGAUGCACUGCCGAAGAGCGUGUUGGAAGACGUUGCGCCAACUUGCGCGUCCUCAACUCCUACUGGAUCAACGAGGACUCCACUUAUAAGUACUUUGAGGUCAUCCUCGUCGAUCCCCAGCACAAGGCCAUCCGCCGCGAUCCUCGUAUCAACUGGAUCGUCAAGCCAGUGCACAAGCACCGCGAAUCCCGCGGCUUGACCGCAGCUGGCAAGAAGUCCCGUGGUCUUGGACGGGGCCACAGUUACAACAAGACCAGUGCCGGCAGACGGAAAACCUGGAAACGCCUCAAUACUCAAAGCUACUGGAGAUACCGUUAAAUGGGCCAAUUGGCAGUGGCGAUGGUUACGGAUAUGGGAUGUACGAUGGUGUUGGUGUCGGUGUUGGAAUGUGCUUUUUCCUUUGGUCUCUGGCCUCAUCUGGUGUAGCCGGCGUUAUGGAACCUUCCAUCCUAGGACAGAAGGAAAAGAAAAUUUUUACCCCAGCACCGCACCGACACCAGCUAUGUGCAUGGUUUGCUACGACUUAAUCGAUUCGGUAAUGCAUAUAGCGAAAAGAAAAACGAGAAUAAACCGCAAAAUUCUUUAUUACACACCUUUGUGUGUUUUUUUUUUCAUGAUUUGGCUGAAUUGUUUGCUACGUAGUUUUACGGGGAAUAGUUUUUUAACGUCAUGUUGAAUACUUGUAUGACUUGCAGUGAUUUAAGUAGUCACACGAAUAUAAACUUUGACUGACGACAUUACUUCUUAUGUUAUCGUCUCUAUUUUAAAAUAAGAAGGCAAGGAAAGGAAAAGGAAGCAAUGAAAAUGUAGACAAGGGAGAGCUACAUAACCGAUCCCAGCCACGCUUUAGGCCCACGAGAAUGUCCAUGGUUUUCAAACUAUGUGGGCAAGGGUAAUAAGGCUUUAUAUAUAAACAAGUAAAAUCCUGACGUGGAACUAAACUGGAGGAUAUUCUCCAUUGAAACUUUCAGUUCUGCUUGAUGAAUGUUGCUGGACCAAGGGUGGGUAGUAUUAUUGGAACCUGAGAAACCUGAUAGUUUCAUGCAAACCAAAUACCCCGUACAUGUAUAGGUCACUCUGCAAAUAGGUAUGAAAGGAGGAAAAAUCAUUGACCGC